CUCUUAGUAACGGAACUGUUGUUCGUUUUAAACUUGAUUGUGGGAAAAAAAGGCUUAUAUAAUGCUUCUAAGGUACUGUAACCAAGACUUUUCAAGCAAUUAGACCCAGUUUGUUAACCUGCAAAGAGCAUUCUCCAGAAGAAUUCAAAUCCUCUUCUAGUCUCAAACGUCAGUGGACAGUGCAAUGUCAUCGUGUUCUUCAACACCUAGCACACCGACAAGCCCGAUUGACUAUGAGGUUAAGGUAGCAACAGAAAGUGAUAGGGAAGCAGUACUAGAGUUCCUCAGGAAAUUCUUUUUCAAGGAUGAACCACUCAAUUCUUACAGUAAGCUGAUAACAGAAGAGAAACCAAUCUGCCCAGAUGUAGAAAAAUUCGCCAUGAAAGACUUCAACAACGGCCUGAACCUUUUGGCCAUCUUCAACAACAACAUCAUCGGAGUGUCUCUGAACAGUAUUCUAGAACGGGAUGCCAAGGACGAGGAGCCCUUUGUCAGCGAGGACAAGACCUUCGACAAAAUAGUGAAAUUACUGGACUACGUAGCUGAACAUUCCGACCCGUUCCAGAAGUUCCCGGACUGCGACAAGGCUAUGACUGUCAAGAUACUGUCGGUGGACGGCGCCUAUAGGGGCAAAGGCAUCGCUAAAGAACUGGUCGCUAAAACAAGGUUGAUUUUUGCUGCUAUGAGGAUCUCAAAGUAAGAUUACUAGGAGGACAUUAAACGGAGAGAGAUUUCUGGAGCUUUUGCGGACUGAACUGCCCUUGCUGUUAGAACAAGUGCCGCUGCAAACCCGUCGAAGAAUGAUGCUUCAAAUGGAUGGAUGUCCUGCCCAUUACUCGCUGAUUGUCAGGUCUUUUCUUAAUGAAAAUUAUCCAGGCCGCUGGAUCGGUCGACAAGGACCUGUUGGGUGGCCGGCGCGUUCCCCAGAUCUCACACCUCUCGACUAUUUUUAUGGUUGACAAUGAAACAAAGGAUGUACAGCAGUUCCAUAAACAGCGAAGCGGAACUUGAAGAAAGAGUUUUGCGUGUUGCAAACGAAAUCAAAAAUCAAAAUCAAAUUUCACUUCGCGCUACAAUGUGUUUGCAGCAACAGGGUGGCCAUUUUGAACAUUUGAUGCAUUAAGCCAAAAUGAUUAUCCUAUAGACAAGUCUAUUUGAUUUUAUUUGUUAAAUAUAAUGUUUUAUUCCUACUCUGGCGUUGAACUGAGUUGACUGCUUUUUGAAACGCUGGUUUAAAAACUUGUAUCUAAGUAAUAAACUUGCAAUUUUUCACCAUUAGGAAGCUAAUAACAUGUAGAAUAACUUAACAUUUAAAAAAGGUAGGGUAAAUAGGACAAUUUUUAUUGAAAUUUAG